AUGUCGUCCUCCGAUGCCUCGCCAUUACCCGGGCUUCCCGGUUACGAUUCACAGAAUAUCCAGCCAUGGACCAUCGAAGUCGUCGUCUCCGUGACCGUUCUCGCCCUCCUGUCCGUUGGUCUUCGUCUGUGGAGUCGUCAUCUCAAGGCACAGAAGCUGUGGUGGGAUGAUUACCUGAUCAUCUGGUCGAUGUUAUGGAACAUCGUCGUCGUAGGAUUCAUCUUUGCCAUGCACUCAGUAGGCAUGGGCGUCCACGCCGACAAGGUCGAGAUGGAUAACAUCGUCUUGAUGGCCAAGUUCCUUGUCGUAGCAGAGAUCCUUUACGCAUGGAACCUGGGCUGGACGAAACUGAGCUUGCUGCUCAUGUACUACCGCAUCUUCCACAUCCCCUUCUUCAAGAAGAUGACCUGGGGUGUUGGAGCAUUCGUCUUUGCCUGGGUUAUUUGCAUCACGUUCCUGUUCAUCUUCAUCUGCGUGCCCGUUGAAAAGCUGUGGUACCCCGAUCUUCCGGGCCGCUGCAUCAACCAAGUCGCGACAUGGAUCGCGAACGCUGCCUCGACCAUCUUCACCGAUCUCCUGAUCCUUCUCAUGCCUAUUCCUCAGGUUUGGAAGCUGCAGUUGCAGAAGGCUGAGAAGAUUGCCCUGACCUUCGCCUUUGGCCUUGGUUUCUUUGUCGUCUUCACCUCUGCCUACCGAACGAGCGUUCUUUUCACCUACAGCAACCUCGACCCAACCUACACCCUCGCCCCGACCGUCGGCUGGACCGCCAUCGAGAUGUCUGCCGGCAUUGUCUCUGCCUGCCUUCCUACCCUUCGACCCGCCAUGCAGAAGGUCGCCCGAGCCUGCGGUAUCAAGGGCAGCAUGGGUGGUAUGUUCAGAGUUGGAACGGCGAUGGGAUUCGGCUCCAAGAACAAGUCCAACUUCAGCAACGGAAUGUCGUCGCAAGACCCAAACGCCACAAACGUCAACCGCAGCCAGUCGACCACGAAGCACUCAGCGGGCGGUGACCCUUUUUAUCGACUCUCUGACGAGAACGGAUCCGACGGCCGGAGCGGCGACCGCACGCCACCCCUGAAUGACCGGAAGCUGCGUCCCGACGCUGACGGACUUGGUUUCGGAUAUACUGUGACGAGCUACCCUACCAAGCCUGACGACAAAAGCGAGGAUGAGAUUCCGUUGCACUCGAUUCGUGUUCAGAAGGAUUUCAAGCAGACAACUACAUGA